GCCAGGGGCCGAGUUCGCCUGUUGCUGGGAUGCUGAUGGAUAGGGUUACACGGCUGCUGGGGCCCGCUUGAGGAGAUGGAGAGUUAUCAAGUGAACACUACCACUGCAACCCAGUACACCACUAAUUACUCACAAAUGAUGAGUUAUCCCAAGAGGUAUACCAGAUGGCCUUCCUUUCCACAAUAUUGGAUACAACAAAUUAUAUUGGUGCAAGUUAACCCUGGGGAGACUCUCACUAUCAAGUCUAAUGAUGGGAACAUUCAGAAUAUACAAGGGCCUGCUGAUGUGCCUCUGAUGUCACCAAGUGGUAUUUUGCCACCUAUAUAUCUUCCUCCUGGUUACAUGUCUCAGGUGGUAGAAGAAAAUGGGAUUCGCAAAAUUAUCAUUGUGCCUCAGACAAUUGACUGUCAUGUGUCCAUGCCUGCUUCAGUACCACAGUUCAUACUACCAUUCUCUCCUGUGUAUCCACAAGCCCCUGAAUUGAUGUAUUCCUCAAAUCAAGGAGAAUUUCCACCACCUUACAUCCAACAGCCAGGGCCACAGCAGCUGAUGCCACCACCACCACCACCGCUGCCGCCACCACCACCAGCAGCAUUUAUGUACCAACAAAAUCAUGCAACCUAUUCCCAGGAAAGACGAAAUUAUAACCAACCUGAUGAAAGGGCUACUAGAAUGAGAGAACAUAUGAGGACAAAACCAAGACAACGUCAAGUUGGUGGACACAAGAGUAACCAUGUGUUUAACAACAACUCCUUGCUUGUAAACAAAACUUAUGGUUUUUCUAAUGUUUUUGAUACUCCAAGCACUUAUAUAAUGAACUGUACUCCAGACACCUACAUUGCAGACAAUCCCUUGAGCGUUUACAAUGCAGACAAUGGUCCAAGAACCUACACUGGUGACAAUACUCCGAGUACCUCCCACAUGGACAGUGUUCAAUGCACCUACACUGUUGAAAGUACUUUAUGCACCUACACUGUGAACAAUACAUUGAGCAGUUAUGCUGUGGAUAAUACUUCAAGUACUUACACAAUUGAAUACCCUCCAAGCACCUACACCACUGACAAAAUUCCCAACAAUUCUUCUACUGCUCACAUCCCUAGCACUUCCACCUCAGAUGCUAUUCAGUGCCUUGCAGCCAGUGAUAGUGUUCCAGGACCUUCUGGCAUUAAUAAUGUUCCCAAGACUAACACGAAUGACAAAACUCCCAGAACAUCAACUAUUGACAAUAUUCCAAGCUCUUCUACUACUGACAGUGCUCCAAACACUUCUAUCUCAGAAAAUAUCCAAAGCACUUGUGCUAUUGGCAGUGUUCCCAGUACUUCCAAUACUGCCUAUGCUCAAAUUGAGACUAAUCACAAAAAUAAAUGGAGCACUAUGACAGUCAGCGACAUCAAACAGAAAUCAGGAGGAAAACAAAACAAGAGCCCAUCCUCAAAUGCAAAGGAAAAAGAAGAUGGGAAGUCAUGCUGUUUCAAUAUUGAGAAACCUGUGGUCUCUGAUAUUCAAACAAGAUCUGCAAUAAUUUCAUGGAAUUUGCAUGACUCUGAGAAAUACCAUCAGACUGAACCUCCUGUAACAUUUGAGUUAGCAAUUUCAAACAGUGGUAAAGACGGAAAAUAUGAAAACAUAUAUAUUGGAAAUGGACUUACAUUUACCCUACUUGAUCUACAGCCAUCCAUGGACUAUUUCUUAAGAGUUACUACCAUCAGAGAUUCACAACAAAGAACUGUGUCUGAAGUGGUUAGCUUCUCAACACCAGGUUGCGAACCGGACCCUCCACUUCCACCCACACUGAUUAACAGAUCCAAGAGCAGCCUGAAUUUACAAUGGAAUGGUUCCAACGAUAAUGGUUCUAAAAUAAACAGCUUCCUUUUGGAAUGGGAUGAGGGCAAAGGGGAAGACUUCAAAAGUUGUUAUACGGGCACUAUGAAACAGCACAAGAUCCUUAAACUGAGUGCCUCUACAAAGUAUUCAUUCAGAUUAGCUGCCAAAAAUAACUUUGGCUUGAGUGAUUUCAGUGAAAUAGCAGUCUUCCAUACAUCAGGAAUGAUGCCUCCAGCACCAUCACCUCCCAAGCUGAAAGCAGCAGGAAUCUGUAAUUUGUCACUAGAAUGGUGUGCCCCAACUAACACAAACCCAAAUCUCAGUCUUACUUAUGUUCUAGAAAUGGAGGAAGUAGGAUCCGGAUUAGGCUUUAAACCUAAAUACAAUGGAGAAGACCUCUCAUGUACUGUAAGAAAUCUUCAGAGAAGUACUACAUACAAAUUUAGGAUCUUUGCCUACAAUAUGGAAGGAAGAAGUAACUCCAGUGGAGAAGUGAAAUUUACUACCUGUCCAGAUAAACCUGGAUCCCCUACAAAACCAUAUAUAAAGGGAAAGAUCCAUGCACACAGAGUAAAAAUUGGAUGGGAACCACCUACAGAUAAUGGUGGAACACACAUUUCAAGUUACAGUUUAGAAGUUAGUGAAAAUUUAGAUGUGAAUCUCUGGAAUAUAGUCUACACUGGCAACACAAGGGAAUUUCUGUAUAAUAAACUGCAACCUGGAACUACAUAUAAUCUGAGAGUUUUUUGCACUUCACCUGUAGGCCAAAGCCAGCCUUCAGAUAUAUUGACUAUUCAAACACCUACUCUUUCUCCUGCAUAUUGCCAACCUCCACCUUUAAAUGAUAAAACGAAGUCCACAGAAACCAAUCUCCAAUGCGAAAAGUCUCCUGCUGAUAUAAACUUUGACACACUUAUACAUGUCAAAAAGACAGAAAAUGACCAAGAAGACACACCAGGACAUCAUGGCUCUGAAGUGAGAUGCACACUUGGAUCUCAGUCAAUGAAGUGUGAGACUUUACCAGUCCCAACUCCUCCUUCUCAAUGGAAUACACCUGUGAUAACCUGCAAAGGACCAACCUGUGUUGUUGUUAGUUGGGGAAUUCCUGAAUGCAAUGGCGCUGAAAUCACUGACUACCGACUAGAAUGGGGACAAAUUGAAGAAUCAAUGCAUUUGAUUUACACCGGCCCUUGUCUGAGUUACAAAGUGAAAGGUCUCAUUCCUGGAACUACAUAUUUCUGCAGAGUCCAGGCUGUCAAUACAGUUGGAGUUGGAAUGUUUGGAAUAACUGGUGUAGUAACCACACCAGCAACUGUACCAGCAGUGGUACCAAUGCUACAUGAAGUUGAGAAGAAAGUUUCUACCAAAUUGGCAUCAUCUUGCAUUGCAAUUCAAUGGGAGGAACCAGACUGCCAUGGUUCUCCAAUCACUGGAUAUAACAUUGAAUAUGGAGACAGAAAAAUUUUGACUAUUGGUAGGAAAACAGAAUGUGUUCUGAAAAAUCUACAGCCUGACACCAUAUACAAAAUCAGAAUCCAAGCCAUCAAUCACUAUGGAUUAAGCCCUUUUAGUCGGCCAUUAAGAACCAAAACUAAGCCAUUACCACUUGAACCUCCACAACUUGAUUGUGUGGCCUAUGGACACCAAAGCCUCAAACUAAAAUGGGGCUACUCUUCAGCUAAAGGUUUACUUUCCAACCUUAUAAACUACAACUUGUUCAUGUAUAGCCGAUCUGGCAGAUUUUCUGUCAUUUACCAUGGGCCUUCUCAGACUCACAAAGUGCAAAGAUUGGGUGAAUAUACUCAGUACAAAUUUAAAAUCCAAGCAUGUAAUGAAGCUGGUGAGGGACCACUGUCCCGCAUCUAUACUUUCAAGACAACCAAAACACCACCAGCCAUACUUAAAGCACCUAAAUUACAUCAACUGAAUAACAACAUUUGCAAGAUCAAAUGGGAGUCUUUGAAGCCAAUAAAAGGAGAUCCUAUUAUUUACAAUCUUCAACUCAUCAGUGAUCAAGGAACUAACUUGAUUUACAAAGGACCGAACACUUCAUUCUCCUUUUCCAACUUUCUCUCAAAUACACGUUAUCGCUUCAAGGUUUGUGCUGGACGCCAAUAUAAAAUCUCUACCGGAAUACAAGAGAUCUGGGGCCCAUAUAGCCCCAGUACUCUUUUUUCAACUCAUAAGCCAAAUCCAAGGGCUGGCAGAGGUGAUAAAGGAAACAAAGGCAGUGGCCCUAAUGAACAAAAAGGUGAAAAGUCCGGGAUGGAGAUAAAUGACAACAUAUUUGUUCUGAUCCUCAUGGUGGGAUUUGCACUUACUGCCAUUCUGUGUGCUGUGGUGAUCCAGAGCUUCUUGAUCAAGUAGUCUACCUUUGUACUUUUCCGCCAUCUUAUUACAUCAA